CUGCUCGACGAGGCGGGCAAACUUUUUGAGCGUAUCAUCGCAGAUCGCCUCGUCAGCCACUUGUGCAGAGAGGGGCCGGACCUGGAUGACAACCAGUUUGGUUUUCGUCGCGGGCGCUCCACCAUAGACGCUAUUACGCGCGUGAGGGCCCUGGCGGAGGAGACAGUAUCCCGGGGUGGGGUGGUGCUGGCGGUGUCCUUAGACAUCUCCAACGCUUUCAACACCCUACCCUGGAGUUGCAUUCGGGAGGCGCUGAAUUACCAUCGCGUGCCUCCCUACCUCCGCCGCACAAUAGGGGCUUACCUUGAGGAGAGAUGCGUUACCUAUUGGGGACGUGACGGCGCUGGUCGGCGCGUCAUGUCGUGCGGUGUUCCGCAGGGAUCGGUCUUGGGACCGCUCCUGUGGAACAUCGGCUACGACUGGGUGCUGAGAGGUGAACUCCCGUCGGGCGCCGACUUGACGUGUUAUGCGGACGACACGCUCGUCACUGCCCGGGGGAGUUCGUACAGGGAAGCAGCGUUGGUUGCCACGGCUGCGGUGUCACAAGUGGUGAACCGCAUCCGGCGCCUGGGCCUGGAGGUGGCCCUAAGUAAGUCGGAGGCCAUGGUGUUCCAUGGACCUCGACGCGCGCCGCCGCCGGGUUCACACAUCGUGGUCAGCGGGGCCCGGAUAGCUGUCGAGUCCACCAUGAAGUAUCUGGGAUUGGUGCUCGACAGCCGAUGGGAAUUCGGACCCCACUUCCGGCGGCUGGCGCCCAAGCUGAUGGGUGCAGCGGGCGCGCUAUCAACGUUGCUUCCCAACUUGGGGGGCCCGAGCGCCGCCUGUAGGUGGUUGUACGUGGGAAUCGUGCGGUCCAUGGCCCUGUAUGGGGCCCCUGUGUGGGCGAUGGACAUGACGGCCAGCACUCUCGCCAUUCUGCGUAAACCGCAGAGGGCGAUGGCCGUCAGAGUCGUCCGCGGGUAUCGCACGAUUUCCUACGAGGCGGCUUGCGUCCUGGCCGGAUCCCCGCCCUGGGACCUAGAGGCGAAAGUACUCGCGUCAUUAUAUCGAUGGCGCGAGGAAGAGCGGGCACGGGGCUCGAGGCCGGUGCAGCGGCAGAUCGCGCUGCGCCGAGAGGAGCUCCGUCAGGUCUUGGUGGCGGAAUGGCGGCAAAGGCUUCUGCGCCCUACCGCCGGCCUCGCUACCGUCGAGGCGAUCCGGCCAGUACUCGACGACUGGCUCGGGAGAAGGCACGGCUCCCUGUCGUUUAGGGUGACGCAGGUGCUGUCGGGGCAUGGCUGCUUCGGCAAGUACCUGCGCCGCAUAGACAGGGAGCCGGACGCUCGGUGCCACCACUGCGUCCAUUGCGGGGAGGACACGGCGCAACACACGCUCGCCGAGUGUGUAGCUUGGGAGGAGCAGCGCCGUGUCCUCACAAAUAAAGUAGGAGGCGAUCUGUCGCUGCCGGCCUUAGUGCGGAAGAUGGUCGGUAGCGCAGAGUCGUGGGAUGCGGUGGUGUCCUUCUGCGAGGACGUGAUGUCGCAGAAGGAAACUGCGGAACGGGAAAGGGAGAUCUCGACUCCCUUCCCUGGCCGCAGAAGGCGCACCGGGCGCAGGAGAAGGGCGGACAACGCCCUUUUCCGGCCCCCAUAA